AAGAGGCUUGGCCGAUACGAUCUUGGUGCACAAAGUUGCAAGCUAUGGCUACUAAAAGGUAUGGGCAAGCCUUGAAGUUGCUGAAAAUUUUGGAACCAAUGAUGUUGUUUGAUCGCUCUACAGUUCCGGGAACAACUCAAGGUCCUUCUUUACCUGAUGAUGUGAUCGAGUUUGAACCACAAAUGUUUUUUGAAUUUGCAAUCAAAGCAUCUUAUUCAAGUCGAACCAGAUUAACAAAGCCAAAUUGUAUCAAUGAUUUUUCAGAAGGGUUGGUGAAAAUUAGCAACUUUUUAGAAGCAAGAGGUGGCACUAACGGUUUCUAUAUUGUGGACGGUGAAUUUUUUCGUCAUUACAACUUCAAGGCAGCUAAUAGAGGUGAUCAAGAGAAUUUUACGCCAAAUUUUUGGCCAAUCAAUUGCAAUAUGGUAUCCUCACAACGUAUAAUCAACAUUGGUUCCUACGAAGACCUAAAACGAACCACGUGCUCUUUAUAUCUAUCCUACAGUAGAAAUAGAAUCAAGGGAUCGUCAAUCUUCCAGGGCUAUUCCUACAUACAACAUCUGUCUAGAACAAAUACUAAAUGUCCAAGUCCAGGAGAAACAUCACCUUCAUCACCAUCCAGUUUUUAUGACAAUGAAAGUUCUGAUAAUAAUAUCUCGUCGGGUUCGGAUUAUGAGGAAUCACCACCUUCAUCACCAUCAAUUUUUUAUGACAACAAAAGUUCAGAAAAUGAUAUUUCGGAUGAUGAAGAAACAUCAAAGGAAUCUAAACGAACAUGA